CCCCUCAAAAUCUGACUCUUCUUAUAAUCCCCUCCCCAAACCCCUUUUUCUCUAUUCCAACAAAAACAUGUUGUCCAAGUAUCGCCCUUCUUCCCCUUUUCCAUCCCCUUCUUCUUGUUUCCGCCCUUCCCCCGCCGCCGCCUCUGAUCUCUAUGAGUCCUCCCCGGCGCCGCCUUCUCUCCCCGCUCCUCCCACCCUCGCCACCAGUCUCUACCGGACGGGAUUGGGGCUGUUUGCUAUUACAUGGUCCCGCGACCUCCUCGGCCGAUCUUUCCACCUCCAUUUCCUCCUCGACGAUUCCAGCGCCGCCGACGAAUCCUCUCCCCGGGAUUUCUACUUCUCCUCUCUCUCCGGCACCCCGUCCGUCCAUUUCCGAAUCAAGCCCUUUAUGUUCUCGAAGAAGCAGGGAUCCAAGAAGCUCCAAAUCAGUAGCGGCGGGGUAAAAACUGCCAGUGUUUUCUGGGAUCUCUCCCGGGCCAAAUUCGGGUCGGGCCCCGAACCCAUAUCCGGGUUUUACAUCGCGGUUCUCGUUGGCGGCGAAAUCGUUCUCCUAAUCGGCGAUUGCCACAAAGAAGCUUGCGCCAAAACCAGAGCUCGCCCCGCCGGGAACGCCCAGGCCUUGGUGCUGAAGAGAGAGCACGUCUACGGCGGGAAACUGUACACCACGAAAGCAAACGUGGGCGGGAAAGAGAGAGUCAUCUCGAUCGAUUGCCGGGUCGGCGGGGACGACCCGGGCCUGGUUUUCUCUUUGGACGACAAAAGGGUGCUGCAAAUCAAGCACCUCAAGUGGAAAUUCAGAGGCAACGAGCGAAUCGAAGUGGAGGGUCUCCCGAUUCAGGUCUCCUGGGACGUCCACAGCUGGCUAUUCGACGACGACGAGGACGGCUACGCUCUCUUCACCUUCAAAUUCGAGAAACAGAGCGCCCGAGACGGCGCCGCCGGCGGUGCGGGUUUCCGGGGCAAAAUGGUCAACGGGUGCGGAUUCGGGUUCGAAACGAUGCUAUUGAAGAAGGGGAUAUUGAGGAGCUCGAGAAGCUCGUCGUCAUCAUCGCUGUCGUCCACGUCAGCGUCGUCGAGCUGUACUUCCGUGAUGGAAUGGGAGAGCACUGAAGAGAAUGAGCUGAAGGAUCCUCCUGGAUUCUCCUUGCUGGUAUACGCUUGGAAGAGCUAGGAUAGGAUAAUUAUUUUAUUUUCUUUUUCUUUGAGAUUGGUGAAUGGUGACGAUUUUAAUUUCCAUUUUCUUUGAAUUUAACUCAAGCCCAUUCUUCAUGUAAUUACUUCUUGGAAAAGAAAUUUAAAGAAGAAAAAAAAAAGGAGUUUUCAAUCCUGAAAAAAUAUAUAUAUAGUUGGUAUAGAGAUUUAAUGAGAAUUGGUCAUUCAUUUUUA